CACUUUACACGACCCAGUUUCCUGGAAACAGCUCUUCCCCCGCGGGCGCCGUUCGCUUUCCAUUCCCCUUCUUUUCUCUUUCUCAAUCUCUCUCUCUUUCAUGCAUAUAUAAGCGCAAGCCUCACUCCAAGAACCACAAGAAGAAGAAGCAGAAGAAGCUUUCUCCGACAUGGAUACGACGUAUAGGCGCUCGUCUCCUGCAUGUUCCUCCUCCUCCUCCGACUCGUCCUCCUCCGAUUCGUCCUCCCGCAGGAACCCCGCCUCCUCCGCCCGCAAAACCGACCGGGUCAAGGGCCCGUGGAGCGCCGAGGAGGACCGCGUCCUCACCGGGCUCGUGGAGAGGUACGGGCCCCGGAACUGGUCCCUCAUCAGCCGCCACAUCGAGGGCCGCUCCGGGAAGUCCUGCAGGCUCCGGUGGUGCAACCAGCUCAGCCCCGCCGUCAAGCACCGCCCCUUCUCCGCCGCCGAGGACGACGCCAUCCUCGCCGCGCACGCGGUUUACGGCAACCGGUGGGCCACCAUCGCCCGGCUGCUCCCCGGCAGGACCGACAACGCCGUCAAGAACCACUGGAACUCCACUCUCAAGAGAAGGGCCUCCGCGCAGCAGAAGGACGACGGGGCAAAUCACGGGAACGAUCAUCGUAACGACCAUAUGUCGGUGAGCGGUUGUCGUGUGGACAUCGAGGACGAGGACGGGCCAUUCACUGCAUUGACUCUUGCUCCGCCGGGGGGGGCGGCGGCGGCGGCGGCGGAGGGGCGGCGGGAGGAUAAAGGGUUGCCGGAGGAGGGGUUUUGGGAGGUGAUGAGAGGGGUGAUUGCGAGGGAGGUUAGAGAUUACAUGAACUCGACGAUGAUGGCUGAGACGAGUUGGAGAUGAUGAUGGGAGGAGAUGAUAUUUGUAGGUGCUUUGUCUGGGUUUAAGAAAAUUUUGGUUGAUGUUAAAUGUUAAUAAUGCCCAAUGCAGUAAUAUAAUGGCAAAUGUUAAUUUCGGAAAAAUUAUGGAUUCAGUCCUAAAUGGAUUUCAA